UUCAGGUGCUCAAAGUUUGCCAAAUUAGAGAGCCUACGGGCCCUUCUGAAGAGCAAGAUUCCUCUUUUCUCCUUUUCCCUCUCUCCCUUUACGCAUCUGUUUUACAAGCUUUCUCUCUCAACUCUCAACAAUGGCGGCAUCUUCUUCUAGAACCAGAUCCAGUGGACCAGUCCUCUCCGUAUCGAACGAGUUUCGUUGCUCGAUCCCUCCUUCUCGAAGAUUCUCUUCGUCGACUCUGUCGUCAUCUGCAUCGGCGUUCGCUUCCUCAAGUUCGAGUUUUUCCUCUCGAUCUACUGGUUUCUUCCAUAGAUCGGCCUCCCCGACGCGCGUUAAUCUCUACGGCCCCGCGCCACCGUCUCCGUCUGUUCGAUUCUCUAUUGGUCGUUCGAUUUCGCCGAGCAGGUCGAUUGCCGUUUCCCCUCGCAAUCAGGUCGUGAAGAAGCAGAGCAAUCCGUUGUCCGGUCCGUCUUCUCAGAAGAAAACUUGCAUGUGCUCUCCUACAACUCACCCGGGGUCGUUUCGUUGCAGUCUCCACAAGAAUUUCAACAACCACCAUGCGGUGUCCUAUCCGUCUAAUCGGUUGAACGCGCGGCGGUCGGCUAUGACGAAUUCCUUAGUCCGGAUCGGGACUGUUGAGGGCGAUUGGGUUAAACGUGCCUUGGCUGCUUUGAUCCGACCUUCUUCUCACCACCAGAGGAGAAGAGCGGCGUUCCAGCCACGGCCAAGCCGGCUUUCGUUUAUGUCGAAGGCCGAGGGUUUAUAAUCCUUUAAGCAGGUUCGUUUAUUAUAUUGCCCCUUACCCGGUCCUCCUAUAAAUGUUUUGUAUUCUCAGUUUUCCGGUUCGGCGAAGUCAGAUUCCGGCGAGAUUGGUUUUGCAAACUGAUGGGGAAAGGAAGGCGGAUCGACUGACAGGUGAAUAGGCAGAUCUAAACAGGGAAACCCCCCGAAUUUUUGUACUUCGGAGGCCCAAAAAUUCCACUCAGGACCAUCCCCCUCCCUAUACUCCCCUUGUAUAUACAGAUUUGCAGCCAUUGAAGGCUAUUGAAGGAGUUAUCAGAGAGUAAAAUUCCUCUCAUUAAAACACAGCUAAAAUUAAAAAAAAAAAGAAAUCUGACUGGCAGAUUCACCUCCAUCAGAGACUAAUUCACUAAAAUUGGUUUAAGUUUGCAAGAACUGGUUUGGCACCAUCGUCGUCAUCAUCUCUCAGUGGUUUCCGUGAUCUUUGUUUGCAGAACGACAUUCGCCAUUCCGUUUCCCGUUAAGUUUCCCGUGUGGUUUGACGUGUUCAGUAUUACGUGCAUGCUAUCUGGACCAUGAAUUCUACAUACGUCGUAUUAGUAUUCGUAUACAUGGUUGCGUUUCGUGAAGCUUGCAGGUUCGUUGAAGACUUUCCUUAGUUUGAAUAUUUUGCUGGAGUUUAUAAAGUGAGAGAACGAAUCCUAGUGUUUUCACAUUGAGAAUUGAGAUGAACUAAGUGUUUUCA